AAUUAAUUUUAAUAAGAAAAUGCCUAGAAAAACAAAAGCUCGUUCUCGUUUGGAUAAAUAUUACAAUCUUGCAAAAGAUUAAGGAUAUAGAUCUAGAGCAGCAUUUAAAUUGUUCUAAUUAAAUCGCAAAUACAAUUUUCUUAAUAAUGCAAGAACAGUAGUAGAUUUAUGUGCAGCUCCAGGUGGAUGGAUGCAAGUUUGUGCUUCAAUAAUGCCAUCAAGUUCAACAAUAAUUGGUUUAGAUUUAAUUCAUAUAAAACCAAUUCCAGGAUGUAAAGCAUUUACUUAAGAUAUUACAACACCUUAAUGUGUAUAAUUACUUAAAAAAGAAAUACCAUAAAAAGCAGAUGUAUUUUUACAUGAUGGUGCUCCUAAUGUUGGAGCAAGUUGGGCUAAAGAUGCUUAUAAUUAAAAUGAUCUAGUUUUAUCUGCAUUAAGAUUAGCAUCAUAAUUUUUAAAAAAGGGUGGUGUAUUUGUUACUAAAGUAUUCAGAUCAACAGAUUACAAUUCAUUAAUGUGGGUUUUUAAUAAGUUUUUUACAAAAGUAGAAGCUACAAAACCUUUAGCAAGUAGAUUUGUAUCAGCUGAAAUCUUUGUUGUAUGUUUAGAUUAUUUAGCACCAGAAUAUAUUGAUGAAAAAUUAUUUGAUUCUAAACAUGUAUUUAAAGAUACAGAAACUGAUAUAUUAUAAUAAUAAAUUUAGAAAGAAAUUGUUUCUGUUGAUAAAAUUCUUUAAAAAAGAACUUAAAGACAUAGAAGUGGAUAUGCUGAUGAUGUUCAUUAAACUGUGUAUUAAAUGAUUGAUUUUGAAGAAUUUCUUCAUGCUGAUAAUCCAUAUCCAAUAUUUAUUGAAUAUGCUGGAAUUAAAAUGACUGAAGAAACUAAAUAAAAAUAUUUAAAUCUUACUAAACCACCAUAAGAUUAUGAAAUAUUAAUGGAAGAUAUCAAAGUAUUAGGAAAAAGAGAGAUUAUAUAAUUAUUAAAAUGGAGAAGUAAAAUUAAACAUUAUUUAUCAAAAUAAAGAAGAGAAUAAAAAUAAUAAGAAUAAGAAGAUUUAUAAGAAAAUGCUGAAUUUGAAGAUCUUGAUGAAGCAGAAGAAUAAGAAGAAGAUAAUGAAGAUGAUAAUCAAUUAAAUUAAGAAGUAGAAUAAUAAGAUGACAUAGAUUAAUUAGUUAAUAAACAAAAAGAAGCAUUAGAAUAAUAAUAUAUUGAAGAAUAGAAGAAAGAAUUAAAAGAAUAAAGAAAAUAAAAAUAAAAAUAAGCCUAAUAAGAAAAGAAAUUAGCUGGAAAAGGAAUAGGAUUUACACCUUAAGAAGAAGAUUAAGAGUUAUUUUAAUUUUCGAAACAUAAAAACUUGCUUAAAUUAGGAUAUGUUGACAUAGAAGAAAAAUAAGAAGAUAAACCAAAGAAAGAAAAAUUAGCUUUUAAUAAUUAAAAACAAUUAGAUUAAAAUUUAGAAUUAAUUUAUGAAAAUAAAAAAUAAAAAAAAGAAAAUGCACUAGAAAGAAUAAGAAGUAAGAAAUAAGCUCUUGAAUCUGAUUAAGAAGAAGUAGAUGUUGAUGAUCUUGCAUGUAAACCAAUUAAGAAAGUUAAGAAAUAAGAGGAUCAUCUUAAACUUUCAGAUUUAAAAAGCAAGUUCUUUUAAAAAGAAGAGUUUUCAAAAUUAAAGGAAUAACUUAAAACUUAAAAAGAUGAAGUUUUUGAGAAUCCUCUAAAAAAUUAAAAUAUUACAUAAUUAGAAAAAAAGAAGAAAGACAAAACUGAUAAAGAAAAACCUAUUGAUAAAUUUAAAAAUGACUCUGAUAGCGAAGAAUAAGAAGAAAAGACUAUAGAUCCAAAAUAAUUAAAACAUCUUUAAAAGUAGAUUUAAGAUGAUUUAAAUUAAUUAGAUGAUAAUAAAGAUUAUGAUUUAUUAAAAAAAGUUGAUAAGAAAGAAUUAGAAUAUUAAAGAAAAUUAAGUAUUUAUUUAAUUAAAUCUAUUUUUUAGAUGCAAAAAUAACAUAAGAGCCACUUCCAGGAGAGGAUUAAAAAGUUAAAUAAUUUGAACUUAAUCUUCCUAUUUCAGAUAUGGAAAAAAGAAGAAGAAAACUCAAAAAGAUAGCAGCAAGAGAAGAAAAAAAGAUUAAAUUAGCAUAAGAAAAAGAUCCUAAUCAUAAAGAAUUGGAGAUAGUUCCAGAAAAGAAAUUAGAAGAUUAUGAUAUUGAUGAAUUAGCUACUAAUUUGGCUUUAGCUAAAAAAAUGAUGAGGAAAAAAACUAGAGAAUAAAUAAUUGAAAAUUCAUUCGGAAGAGAUAAAUGGGAAGAUGAAGAUCUACCAUAAUGGUUUAUGGAAGAUGAAGAAAGACAUGUAUUUAAAAUGGAACCUAUUACUAAAGAGGAAUUUUAAUAAGAAAAAUAAAGAUUAUAUGAAAUUAAUUCUAGAGUACCUAAAAAAGUAAUUAUUUCUUUUUAUUAUUUAAGAUUAUGGAAGCAAAAAUUAGAAAAUGGAAAAAAGCUUAAAAAAAACUUAAAACUGCUGCUAAAAAAGCUUAAACAGUUUUUGAUACUGAUGGUAUAAAUGAAAAAACUAAAAUGUAAUAAGUGAGAAGAAUAUAUAAUAAAGAAAAGGCUAAUAUAUAAAAAGAAUAAGAAAGAAAAGUUAUUGUUGCUAGAAAAGGAUAAGCCUCUGGAAGUAUAUUAAUAAUUUAAUUUUAGAACUAAAAAGUUCAAGGAAAGUUCUCACUGUUGAUAAAAGAUUGAAAAAAGAUAAAAGAGCUAUGAAAGCAAAAGCAAGAAUUGGAAAAGGAAAAAAGAGAAGACAUGUUUCAAGAAGAAAAGGAAAAAAGUAGAAGUCUUGAUUACUUCUGUUUAUAGUAUAUUAAAUCAAAC